AUGCGUGUAACAAUCACCAACACACAAGUCUUAUGUAUCAUUUUUGCUUGUGUCAUCAUGAUUACCACCACUGCGCUUCCACUACUUGAAGAGGAUAGGGAGUAAGUUUAACGUUCUGCCUUGCCUUGCCUUGCCUUGCCUUGCCUUGCCUUGCCUUGCCUUGUCUUGCCUUUUGAGUUAGAAAUGCCCUUGUGGUACUAAAAGUGCAAUAAUAGUACUAUAAACUAAAAUAAUUUUGAUUUUUAGUUUGGAAAAGAAAUCAAACCUAAAUGAAUUUAUGUCCGCAAUGAAAGGCGCCGGCCGACUACGGUACGGCAAACGCUCGCUAAGAUACGCUGUAGAUGAGGAUACACCUACAUACUAUGUUCCGCAACGGUAAGUUUUAAUGUAUUUUGACAAAUAGUGUACCUUACAACUGACGUAUAGCCACGAAAAUUUAUGACGAAAUGUCAAUAUUGAUUUUUUUGACAUUUCGUUGAUUAACAAUAUUGAUUUUUACAUUCCGUUGUCUAAAAAAUUUGAUUUUUAUAUUUAGUUUACUAACGAUAUUACUUGCUUAUUUUUAUUUUAAAAAAAUUUGAUAAAGUGUUAAUAUUGAUUUUUAACAUCACUUUACUCGACUCAAUAUCGAGUUAAAGAUAAAUGACAGUACAGUUAAAUAUGACAUAGUUAACCCUUCCAGAUUAACAUUUCUAUCACUUAUUUUGCGUUAUGUUUAACCGAAAAUAGAUUAUCCUGUUAUUACCUCGAAUUCAAAAGGAAAAUGCAAAUUCUUUCGCAAAUCUUCUAAAGAAUGUGAGAAAAUUUCUUUCGGGAUUAUAUGGUGAACAUAAUAAUAAUUUUAAUAGCUUUAUGUCAUUAUGUAAAACAGCAAAACAAGCUAUGGAAUGCACGUGUUUUUAUGACAUUCUCACUAUUCAUUUUUUUUUUAAAUUUAAAAAUGUUUGGAAAAACGUCAACAGGGGGGAACAAGUUCAAUUUUUUCAUUUUUCAAAAUUUUUUUUUUUAUUUGUUAAAUUUAAAAAAUGACAAAAUGAUCGCUAUUAUUACUGUCAUUCUAUAGAAAUACAUUUUUUAACACUUGUCAUAUCAAUAUUUUUAACAAUUUAAAAAAUAAAUCAACAGGGAGACCAAGUUCAAUUUUUUCAUUUUUUCAAAAACAAAAUUUUUUUAAAUUUUAGUUUUAAAAAAACGACAAAUUAACUAAUAUUAGUAUUGUCAUUCUAUAAAAAAUCAUUUUUUAUACUACACUGAACUUACUAAUCAAAUAUACAGCAGUUUCAGGCCCGUGUACAAAAGGAUGGCUCAAAACUUGCCCGAACUAAUUGAUACGCUGAAUGGCGCUGAAAGGCUACGGUAAGGUUUUUUAUUGAAAUUUUAUUAAUUUGAGCUUAAGUAUGAUUAGAAAAAGCAUAUUUUUUUAAUUUUCAAUUUUUAAAAUUUUUAAAAAUUUUGAAAAAGUUUAACAGGGUCCUCCCUGUUGAUUUUUUCAACAAAUUUUUAAAAACAAAAUUUUUUUCAAAAUUAAAAUUCUUUUGUACGAUACGUUUUCUAUACUCCCACAACUACAUCAUUAUCCGGUUGCCCUUUAAACUCGCACAAUUUUCAAGUCUUUUUCGUAUAAAUUAUUGAAAUUCCUCCCAGUUGCGUAGCAAAAAUACGCGUGGGAUUUGGACAAAAUUUUUGUUAAAUUAUUCAUUAAUUUUUAAUUAUUUUUUGAUAUUUUGAUAAAAAGAGAUGAGCUGUUUUCUAAUUUUAGGUAUUUUUUCGAAAUUUGAAAAAAAACUACGGUAAAAAAUUGUAUGGAAAUUUGAAGGAAAGGCAAGAGGCAACAAGUAGGUGUAGUAAAUUAGUCUUUUAGCCAUAACUUUUGAAAAAAAACUUAGUUACAAUGUUUAAGCUGUGGCUAAUUAUUGUCCAUUAUGUUUACUAACUAAUAGGUGGAGAUAGUUUCCAAAAUCUCAAAAUGUUAAAAGUUACGGUGUUUUUACCGUGAUCCACUUUUUUCAACGGCCUAUGCUAUCCUACACUUUUUCGUCAAGCUUAUCAAGCCUACCCUAUCCUACCCUACCUUAUUCAUACUUUACUUUGCCUUACUUUGCCUUAUGCUUCCCUAUAUUACUCUACCUUACCCACUCUCCGUUUCCUUACUUUUCCUUGCUCUUUCCUAUAUUACUCUACCUUACUCUACCCUUCCUUACAUUACUCUACCCUACAUUAUCCUAGUUUUUUCAAUAUUAUUAACCAUUUUUUUAGGCAAGAAUAUACUAUUUUUGAUAAAAAAGAUACACUUUUUUGAAUGCCAACCUGUAGUUUCGACUAUUCCAGUUACGUAUAAAGUAUUCAGCAAAAACAAUUUGGUCGAUUAAAGGAGGUGUGAGACCCGUUGUGAACGUGGCAAAAGUUUGUUCCGGCGAAAAGGUUUAUUGUUUCCAUUCAAAACAAAUCCAUAUUGGAUUACAUUCCCAGGCCAAUAACCGGCUUUUUCCUAGUUUGCGUAGAAAAGUUUCAAAAUUGAAAAAAAUAUAUUAUUCUAGUAUGUAAAGCAGUGUAACAAAAUUUUAUAAAUAAAUUUAAAAUUUUAUGAAAAUUUGUUAUAUAGGAGUUUCACUGUACUAAAAAAAGGUUUCAAAGACCAGAAAGGUUAUACUAAAAUAUUUAUUAACUUCUUUGUUUUCAACUCGGAAGAAGCCCCUCUUUCGGAAGUUUAUCUGUUUAUCUGUUUCAAUUCUUUAUGUCUCUUUGAUAUUUAUCUUCCGGGUCAACUCAUAUUGCUUGAAAUUUAUAGUGUUUGUCAAAAAAAAAGUUCAAGUGGACUAAAAAUCAAUACAGUAACCAAAAUUUGAAGCUAAACUACUUUUUAGGUCUAAAAAUCAUUUCUUAGCCCAAAAUUCAUUUUUAAACCUAAAAAUUCAUUUUUAAGCUUUAACUUUUAGUUUUAAGCUUAAAAUACAUCCUUAGGUCUAAAUUUCCAUUUUUAGCCUAACCUUCAUUUUUAAGCCUAAAAAACAAUUUUUACAGAUUUGGACGAAAGUAA